UUAAAAGUUUAUUUCAGAACGAUGGUCAAGUCCUUUCAUGCAAAUAUACAAUUUUAAUCAACGCGUAGUUCGUCCCUGUGUAACCUACUGCGCAUGUCGCAAAUUUAUCGACGAGACCAAUGGUUUUUCUCCAACCAGCAGGCCACCAGACCACAGUCACUCGACGCCACUCCGCGCUCGUAUCCGGUGUUACUUCGCCAUUUAUUGUUUCCAAAAUUCAGUGACGAUGUUACUACUUUCUUUUACCGCGUUGUCCGCGGUGCUAUUCGUUUGUGAAGGUAUACCUGCACCGUCGAAUAAUAAGGAUGGCGGUCCAAUUGGUGAACUACCAGAAAAUUGGGACCAAACAAAAGAUGACACACAAUCCCUAUUCCUCAACAAGAGUGACAAAAAUGAUCUGGAGCCGUAUCCACUCGCUCUCAGCGAAGAAGGCAAUUCAGAGGGAUAUGAACAGGGAGUUGAACAACGCUUCGACUCUCCAUCAUCAAAUGGAGAACUUGACAAUCUCAUCAUGAGACCUGAACUGUAUGGAGAGCCACCAGCGAUGGAAGGAUUGUCUUCUGGAUAUGAUUCCCGCAGACGUAAGCGUGGAAGUGGUACUAAAGUUGGUGGUGCAGGAGCUGCAACCAAAGUUGCAACCAAAAACGGUUCUGGGAAAAAGAACCUUAAACCUGAGGAGCAUGAUGCUCCUUCUCCAAUAGAUUCGGGUUUACAUGACCAAGAAGCUCGCCGCCGCAAACGUGGAAGCGGCACAAAGGUUGGCGGCGCUGCAGCUUCCGCUAAAACUGCCACUAAAAACUCUGGCGGAAAUAAGAAAAACUUCAGGCCUCUUAUGGGACGCCGUAAACGUGAUUCGAGUCUAAGCGCUGCCGAUGUUCGAGCUCUUCUCAACUUAUGGGAAGCCCAAGAGCGUAGAAAGCAGGAAUGGAACGCUAACCAGUGGGCAGCUGAUCAUUAUUAUGGUCGUGUCAACCCAGUAGACGAAGACCAACCUGAGGUAGAUGAGAAUGGCGACAUUUGGUUUAAUGAACCAUUACUUGUUGGCGCCCGUGAACAUGAUUAUCCUCAUCACUCAUAUUUCUCUGAACAGAACCGCAUCGCUUUGAACCGAGGUUUCCCAGAUAUGUAUCAAGCUGAUCCUAAUGAAAUCGCUCAAAGAUUCGAAGAGGCGCGCCGUAAAAGACAAUAUGCGAACAAAGUUAAACGAUUCAUGGUUGCAAGGAAACGUUCGGAUGGGAUGAUGCACCAAAAUAACUACAGGCCAAGGGAUGAUCUAUACACUUUGGCCGAGUUGCUACGUUCAGCGCCUCGCGUGCAGGAACAAGACAUGCCAGUAUAUCGGCGACUGAUACUUUAAACUAAUCUUCUGAAGUGAGGUCCAUUGGAAGAUCCUGUGAAUUACCAUCGUUCAUGGCGAUACUUUUUUCUACAUCUCUCCUUUCUCUUCAAAAGAACUCGUCAUACGGGAUCUUCACAACUAAUGGGCGAUAAUAUGGCAUAAUUUGGGGCGGGAGAUGGUCGCGCAUUAAUUCGCAGUGUGUAGCGGAUACAAAUAUAGGUGUUAGGAUAAUAACGCCAUUUUAUGAAGCUAGUAUUUCUGUUCACCUAAGAAAAAAAUAUGAUAAGGCCUAAAUUUUUUUUACAGUAAUUAAAAAAACUGAAUGAUAAAUAAUUAUUUUUUACAUUUUUAACUCAUUUCCUACCUCAGUUUGCAUAUCUGUCAAAUCUCACAAAACAUGUAUGUAUUAUUAUAAUCAACCUCUAGAUAGAUAUAUGUCUAGUUUUCCUGAAUAUAGUUUAAGUGAAGUUAAACUUCGCAUUUUAUUAUAAUACAUUAUGU